GUUGUACAUUUGUUUACUUUUAAACAUGUCGUGGAAACAGAUUAUUGGCUUCGCAAUUCUCGGCCUGACUUUGGCCCAACUCCACUCCGUGAACAGCCAAGCUGAUGUGACCACCUGUAAAAGUCCCUUCGCUUUGGUGGGCGACAAGUGUCUGUUGUUCUCCAACAAGUGGUUGAACUGGUAUGAGGCAGAUCGUCAAUGUCGUUCCCAGAGCGCCCAGCUGCUCAGCGUGCAGAAUGUGAGUCAGCUGCAGGCGAUCAACAAUUGGAUGAAUAUCACAAACCCAUACACUAUCGAGUUCUGGACCUCAGGCAACAAAUUUGGCAAUACACAAAAUCUGUAUUUCUGGGAGAGCACUGGACAGCAGGCUAAAUAUCUGCCUUGGGCCAAGGGUCAGCCUCAACCAAAAGAAGGCGACUGCCUAAUGCUCUUUAGUCCAACUUACGGCGGAGUAGUAUCUAGCGAUUAUCUACUGUCUGUCAGGGAUUGCGCUGCGUGGGCUACGAUUGUCUGUGAGCAGGUGCCAACUAACUCUGUGCAACGCGUCUGCCUGAUGCCGAACUCCUUUGAAAUGGCUCAGGUGCAGCAGAAGUGAAUAAAACCUUAACUGAUUUUACUGUAAUUCAAUUGACUUUUUGUAUAUUGGCGGAUGUAUAGGACGACACUUUUACUAAGUGCAGUUAUUAGUAUAUUAAAAGGUUUAAGGAAACCCCCUUAUUAAUAAUCUUUAAACAUCA